GUUGCUUGAGGUACAUACCUAUUGCCUUGUUGUUUUUGUUUAUAUAUUUUAUUGUGACUAAAUAUUUAAUGGAAACAUUAAAUGGCGGACUCGUUAACACCAGUGCGACUGCCGGACAGCCAGUCACCUAUUAAGAACGAUAUCAAUUUGGUCACCUGUAAGACACGUUUGGAUGCUGCGGUCCAGGAACUACAAAGCGGCUAUGCUAAGUGGCAACUGGCACAACAACGCGGUACUGCCCUAUGCUAUGCCAUUGAAGCCAAGAAAACGCGUUGCUUUGAAAAAUCGAAUGGAGAGAGCGACAGCUAUCCAGAUGACCUGCAGUUGCCAUGCAACAAGUUAGCCAUCAUUGCAUCAAUCUUUACAGAUAUCACCAGAAAUACCCGCGAGACACUAAGACAGCUGCGCGGAAUAACGCGACUCGCUGGCGAAGCAACAGAUAUUAUUUAUUAUCGCAGCUGGCAGCUACGACAGUUUGUUGCUUUUGCAGAGGAGCUGAUAGAGCGCUAUGAAAAGGAGUCUAGCAUAAAGCAACGUGUGAUGCAGAAUAUAGCGCACUGUACGCAGCGAAGUGAGCUCAUAGCAUAUACCACAGCCUGGGAGUUUCCGGAGCAUGCAGACACCUAUGUAAAUUUGGGAUUUAUGCUCUUAGCUGAAGAAGUUAAAGUAAAGUAAAUGGUCAAGUUAAUGAGGGCCAUUCGCUUUAUAUUACAUUGUUGGAGUUUGUUAGCUUAAUUUUAAUAU